AUGAAGCCGCUACGGGGGCCCACGCUGUUCCCGCGCCGCGGAUUCUCAACAGCACUGAAUGGCACGGAUCUCUACUGGUUCGGUGGAAAGGCCGGCGACAGCCUGCACAACGACCUGGCAAUCCUCGACUCGGCGUCAUGUACGGCUUCGCUGGUCAGUGUCCACGGAAACGUACCAGCACCGCGCGAAGGGCACGCUGCGUCGUUUAUUGGUCGCACGAUGUUUGUGUUUGGCGGCGAGUUGGCCGAUGGACGCUGCGACGACAACCUCUACGCCUACAAUAUGGCCAACCACACGUGGUACAAGGUGCCGAUUCAGGGUAACCCUCUAAUGGGCCGCAAGGGUCACACGGCGGUCUCGAUGGGCUCGAAGCUGUACGUGUUUGGCGGUACCGUUGACGGCUACUACCUGCAGGAUCUGGUCUCGUUCGACGUGCGCAUUGCGGCGUCGCAGGGUGCGCGCUGGACGCACAUCGACUGCGGCACCACAAUGCCGCCUGGGCGCGCCGGCCACUCGUGCAGCGUGCAUCUCAACAAUAUCUACGUGUUUGGCGGUAUGAACCAGGACAAGUGCUUCAAUGACCUGUGGGCAUUCAGCAUUGAGGAGCAGCGGUGGACAAAGGUCACGCCCCGGGGCGCGACGCCGCCGGCUCGCUACGGCCACGCCUCGGCGGUGGUUGACGACUGCAUCUUCAUUAUGGGCGGCCGGUCGCUAAAGGGCGAGCCGCUCAGCGACUUUUUCGCGUACAAAAUUUCGCUGCAGCGCUGGUACACGUUC